ACCAAGCCACAUAGUUCUUGUUUGCGUCCCUGGCCCAUUACCCUCGUAUAAGCCUUUCAAGACGUUAUGGAUGCGAGACUUAGGCGCGUAAACAAGGAGAUAGCUGAUUGCAAGAAUGACAAGUCCUCCAAGAUUCAACUAGACCUUGUAGACGAAUCUCCCUUUCAUCUGAAGGGGUCAUUUCCUGGUCCAGAGGGGACACCAUACGAAGGUGGUCGCUUUGAAGUGGACAUCCGGAUACCCGAUUCGUAUCCCUUCCAACCGCUAAAGAUGAAAUUCAUCACCAAGGUCUACCAUCCGAAUGUAUCCUCUGCAUCAGGUGCCAUCUGUCUUGAUAUCUUGAAGGACCAAUGGUCGCCGGUUCUGACACUGAAGUCCACACUGAUAUCCUUGCAAUCGCUGCUGUGCUCUCCGGAGCCUGAUGACCCACAAGAUGCGGAGGUUGCGAAGCACUAUAUGACUAGCCGGAGUAGCUUCGAGGAGACGGCGAGGUACUGGACACAUAUAUACGCAGGUGGACCGGAUCCGAAGGCAAAGGAUGGUGGCAGUGGCGGCGGUUCGAGAGACGAGGUGGCGAUGGCGGGAUUAGAGAAGGCACAUGUUGAUCAGUUCGAGGCGCUUGGCUUUGAGAGGGGUAAAGUGAUCGACGUGCUGCGUCGACUGAACUACCGAGGGGCUAACGUCACCAAGAUCACGGAAGAUCGUGUGGUCGAAGAAUUACUGAAGCCAUAGCGAAAGCCUUUCGAAGGGGUUGUGGCGAAAGAAGAUAAUCUCUUUGUAUCCUCGAGUUACUCUUACUCUGUAGCAUGAUCUGUCACUCGUAUCACUCAUUGACACCCUUCAGGUGACGGACGAACUCAAUAAACCCGAAUAAAGGGGAACGCUGCUGAUGUUGCUAGUUUCUUAUUCGUCUGCCAGCCCUGUGAGAACGCUAUAACGUUC